UUGUCAAUGUCAACUGGUUGCAAGUUUGCAAGGUUUAGAAGUUAGGUAAACAAAUGUUCACAAAAAGUUAAUUGUUUUUGUUUAUAAUCAUUAUUUAAUUUUUAAAACCAUGGAUUUAAAACAAGAACCAUCCGAUCCAUGUGUAGGGAUUGUUAAAACGGAACCAGAAGUUAUUUCCCAGCACACAGAAGAAAAUGAUUGGUGUCCUAUAAAACAAGAAUUAUUUAAAACAGAUAAUUUUCUUGAAUUCGGCGAUAAUAAAUCUACUGAGUGUUUCGUAAAUGUUGGUGAAAUUAAACAAGAAACAGUCGAAUGUGUUGUGCCUAAAAUUGAAUCUAAACUAUCGGAUUUGCCAGUAAAAAUUGAGUGUAAAAAAGAACUUGAUGUGCCGGAUCUCGUUGACAUUAUCGAAAUCAAGCAAGAAGUUAGCAAUAGUGAAUAUUUUCAAGUUAAAACUGAGAGAGAACUUUUGACUACUGAUAUUGAUUUGCCCACUUUAAAAAGUGAAAGUGCUGAAUGUUCGGACAAUUUCGUACAGCCAUGCAGCAGUAGGACAUUGAAAUCGUUAAAAACUGCCACAAAUUUUGUUUCUAAGAAGAAGAAGAAGCUGUAUCCAUGCCUUGUCUGCCAAAAAAAUUUCCCUUCUAAAUCAAGAUCAAAACAUGUUGCUGGACAUUUUAGGAAAAACUUCGUGGCUUGCGAGUUUUGUGGAAAGUUAAUGACCAAAAUCGCAUUUUUUCGACACUAUUUUGUACAUGUAGUUAAAAAUAGACCUAGGAAAGUAUCUUUAAAAGUCAAGAGCUCUUCCAGCAUAGAUCAACAUUUAAUAAGUCACACUAGUAAAGAACAGUUUAAAUGUGACAUCUGCUUCAAAGAAAUGAAACUUAAAUCUAGUUUACUAAAACAUUUAAAAAUAGUUCACUGUAAUGAAAAACCAUUUAAGUGUGACAUGUGCUCCAAAGGAUUUAAACGUAAAGAUAGUUUACAAGAUCAUUUAAUAACUCACACUAAUCAAAAUCCAUUUAAAUGUGAUAUAUGUUUCAAAGGAUUUAAAAGAAAGAAAUAUAUGAUCCGACAUUUAACCACUCACAUUAAUAAAAACCCACUGGAGUGUCACACUUGCUUUAAAGAAUUUAAAAGUAAAUAUUAUUUGCGGAAACAUUCAAGAAAAAUUCACACUGAUGAAUAUCCAUUUAAAUGUGACAUUUGUUCCAAAGGAUUUAAAGGGAAUAAAAACCUAAAGCAACAUUUAAUAUCGCACACUAAUAAAAACAUAUUCAAGUGUAACAUUUGCUUAAAAGAAUUGAAAAAUAAAUAUUCUUUGCUGUACCAUUUAAAAACUCACACUGAUGAUAAACCAUUUAAUUGUGACAUUUGCUCUAAAAAAUUUACUAGUAAGAGAGAUCUAAACUCACAUUUAAUCAUUCACACUAAUGAGAAGCCAUUUAAGUGUGACAUUUGUUUUAAAGAAUUUAAAAGAAAUAAUCAGUUACAGGGACAUUUAAUAGAUCACACUAAUAUAAACCCAUUUAAGUGUGACAUUUGUUUCAAAGAAUUUAAAAGAAAUAUUCAGUUACAGCGACAUUUAAUAGAGCACACUAAUAUAAAUCCAUUUAAAUGUGAUAUAUGUUCCAAAAGAUUUAAAACAAUGGAGGAAAUAAACCUUCAUUUAAACGAUCACACUGACGAAAAAACAUUCAAGUGUGACAUUUGCUUCAAAGAACUUAAAAGCAAAUCUGUUUUGCAGAGACAUUUAAAAAUCAUUCACACUGAUGAAAAACCAUUUAACUGUGACAAAUGUUCUAAAAAUUUUAAACGAAAAUCAGAUCUACGCGCUCAUUUAAUAAUUCACACUGACGAAAAACCAUUUAAAUGUGACGUUUGCUCCAAAGGAUUUAAAAGAAAAAAAGAUAUAUACACACAUUUUAUUAGGCACAGAAACGAAAAACCAUUAGUGUGACAUUUGUUACAAGAAUUUAAAAUAAAGUAUGAGUUACAGUGACAUUUUAUAAUUCACACUAGUGGAAAAAAUCAAAAGUAAAGAAGGAAAUAAAGUAAUACAUUUUGCUACGACACGAAGGAUGCUACUACAUACCUCGCCGUGUCAUUUCUAGGGAAAGUAACGCCCAAGAACAGGACAAUUUAAGAUGCUCGUAAAUAUUGUAAUGGACAGAUUAAAAUAUAAAAAUUAAGAUAUUGGAAUAAGGAAGUGCGCAAUUAAAAAAAAAAUAAAAGAAACAUUAUUAAUGCAUUAAAAGAAAUAUUGUACAAUAGACUAUAAUUAAUAAAAAAUAAUAAGGUUAAUAAAAUUUAGUGAAAAUAAUAAAGCAAUGACUUAAUGUAAAGUGACAUUUAAGACUGGAAAUUGUAAAAUUGUAAAAAAAUAAAAUUGUAAAUAAAAUUAAAACUAUAUUAUAGUCUUAGAUUAUACAAACCUUAGAUGGAACAUAAGACACUGCGCAUAAUCCCAUUUCGAAAUGAUUCACACCCACCAAUCACAGUUGAGAACAUCACAUGUCAGAGCGUUGUCCAUCCAAAUUUAAUGUGUCAACGAGAAUUAAUUUGGUAUUUUACUGACUUAAAUUUUGGAAAUUAACGUUGAAAAUGCCAAUAUGUGUUGUAAAAAGCUUUAUUUAUAAUAAACCUGCGAAAUGUGACGGAGAUAAAAGAAACUUACAUUUAUUUCGGUGAGAUAUUUAAUUUUUAAGGAUUAUGUCGACGUCCAUAUUUGUUGAUUUGAAAAUAAGCAGAAUCAAACUUGGUCAUUGGUAC